AUAGAAUCGCGUGCGUGUAGUGUCCCAUUACGGUUACCUCCGCGGAGAGAAAAUAUUAUAUCGCGAGUUCCCCAAAAGCAAUAAAAUAUCGAAUAGUACAGCGAGGUGAUAUCAACGAAUGUGCUGAAAUUUUAUCAGCAACUAGAAAGUAAAUAAACUGAUAACAAACACAGCGUAGUGUCGAAAAUGUGAAAGUGUGCACAUUUGAAUGUUUAGACAUCGCAAUUACUUUUGCAAUAUACCGUUCCAUGAUUAGUGUAUGGAUGGGAAGUUAAUGUCAAGAGCCUUAGAACUGCAAUUAAAGCAAUAAAUACAAAACAAAAGUGUGCUGCUAGAAGAAGAAACUGGAACAAGUGCCUUUUAAGGAAUUCGCGAGUGCAUCAAAUGUGUAAAUGAUAUCACAAAGUGCAAGCGACAGCAUCAGUCAAUCAAAUAAGCAUUAGUGUUAAAGUUGCGAGCAACAUUUAUUAGUGUGUUCAGGUACGUGACAAAACAGCAAUAGCUAGUGUUGUGACAUUGUGUAACGAAUCGAGAAGUAAUAAACAGUGACCUUCGAUACCAAAAACGGUGCAUCUCAAGCGGUUCAAAAAUGAGCUCCAACAGGCAGGGCGGCCCGGUGGGUCGCAUCGUCGACAAAAUUAAGCGAACGAUGACCAAUGAAGGGGAUGGCGGUCGCGAUCCGCUGCAACAGGGUUAUCAACGGGUCAACACAGCGGAAGGAUCACUAUCCACCUCAACGACAGGGACCAGCCUGGAUACCAUUGUGCUGGACACAAAUGCAGAAGAUCUGACAGGAACAUCCCGUUCCGGAGGGCAACGAUCGUUCAGUCCGAUCCUGGAAACUGACGAUACAAAUCCGUUCCUUGAUCCACUGACCAGUAGAUCAAUCAACAAUGUAGAAACCAAACCUAAGAGCAGCAAGUCUUCGCUGAAGGGAUCCCGAGUUUCGUUUGACCAAGAGGAUCGGUUCGACGAAACUGGCGACAGUUUCCGCAAGCAGCGCGAACACUUCCAGAAGUACAAAAGUCACAGUACUUCGGAGCAUAAAAACCUGCUAAUAAAGGAGCUUCGUCACCUUCUGGCCGCUGACAAUCGUCGGCAGUUCCAAGGUAUGAAACACGUCUCGUUGGACGUCAAAAGCUCCAAAGUGCUGGAGGAACUGCUUAAGGCAUCGUCCUCCGAUGAGGAUGAUUUCGAGGGCCAGCGAAAACAAUUCCAGGAACGCAAACACAAAAGCUUGGACGCCCGCCACAUAUCGUUCAAGUUCGAGAAGGAACCGUCACCGUCUAGCAGCGAGGAAGACUUCGAACCUUCCACCUCGCUGCUGAAGAUCGAUGCCGACAUCACCAAGCCCGUGAUCAUCGACAUGAAAGAUCUGGAUUCGAGCGAGGACGAAGAUUACAUCUCCUCGCGAAAACAGUUCCAACAAGCGAAGUCGAUGAGCACGGACUCUCGGAAGAGCAUACGCUUUUUCGAGAUGGAGAUGGGCACCAAGGAAGACAACAUUCGGUCGGCGGUUCCCUUCGUGCGACAAAUCACGGAGGAGGGCAAGCCAAAGCUGGAAGUUUAUAGGCCCACCACCAACCCGAUAUAUAUCUGGACUCAGGUCCUGGCAGCACUGUCGGUAUCGCUUGGUUCCAUGGUCGUCGGAUUUUCCUCAGCAUACACCUCACCGGCGCUCGUGUCUAUGAAGGAUCGCAACAUCACCUCAUUCGAAGUCACAGAUCAAUCGGGUUCAUGGGUCGGUGGAAUCAUGCCCUUGGCUGGUCUCGUUGGCGGUAUCCUUGGUGGACCUAUGAUAGAAUACCUCGGUAGAAAGAACACUAUUCUAGCGACAGCCACCCCAUUCAUUAUUUCGUGGUUGCUCAUUGGCUGCGCAACGCAUGUCGCAAUGGUUCUCGUUGGACGCGCUCUGUCUGGAUUCUCCGUCGGUGUUGCAUCACUCUCGCUGCCAGUGUAUCUUGGUGAGACCGUGCAACCGGAGGUACGAGGUACACUUGGCUUGCUGCCAACCGCCUUUGGUAACACCGGAAUUUUGCUUUGUUUUGUCGCGGGAAAAUAUAUGGAUUGGUCGGAGCUAGCAUUCCUGGGAGCUUGCUUGCCAGUGCCUUUCCUGAUUCUGAUGUUUAUGAUUCCUGAGACACCACGCUGGUAUGUGUCACGAGGUCGUGACGAUCGCGCCCGCAAAGCCCUUCAGUGGCUCCGGGGUAAAAAGGCGGAUGUAGAUCCAGAAUUGAAGGGCAUUAUCAGAUCUCACCAAGACGCCGAACGACAUGCUUCCAAGAGUGCUAUGCUGGAUUUGCUCAAGAAGUCCAACUUGAAGCCGCUGAUGAUUUCGCUUGGCUUGAUGUUCUUCCAGCAGCUUUCCGGUAUUAACGCCGUUAUCUUCUAUACGGUGGAGAUCUUCCAAAGUGCAGGAUCUACGAUUGAUGAAAACUUGUGUACAAUCAUUGUUGGUUUGGUGAAUUUCAUCGCUACCUUCAUCGCGACCAUGCUAAUUGACCGAUUGGGCAGAAAGAUUCUGUUGUACAUCUCCGAUGUGGCGAUGAUAUUGACUCUGAUGACAUUGGGCGGUUUCUUUUAUGCGAAAAAUAAUGGCGCCGAUGUUUCGGAAAUUGGUUGGCUACCAUUGGCCGCCUUUGUGAUUUUCGUGCUAGGUUUCUCUCUCGGAUUUGGCCCCAUUCCAUGGUUGAUGAUGGGAGAGAUCCUCCCGGGAAAAAUUCGCGGAUCGGCUGCCUCAGUAGCAACAGCCUUCAACUGGUCGUGCACCUUCGUCGUAACGAAAACAUUCGCCGAUAUUGUUUCUUCAAUGGGAACGCAUGGUGCUUUCUGGAUGUUCGGCUCGGUUUGCGUUGUUGGUUUGUUCUUUGUCAUAUUCUACGUUCCGGAGACGCAAGGUAAAUCGCUGGAGGAUAUCGAGCGCAAGAUGAUGGGACGCGUAAGACGAAUGAGUUCUGUGGCUAACAUUAAGCCGUUGUCAUUCAAUAUGUAGAAGCACUGAGAUUAACUGUUCUCAUCGUGUCAUCGGUUCACAUACCUAUCUUGCGUUGGUUUGGAAUGCUUGCAUAUUCGUCUUCAGAAUGUUAUUCUGGAAACAUGCAACAACUUGCACUCAGGAUUUUUACUAAACAGCAGAAAUACGACGAUGCAAAUGAAUAGCUGGAAGAUCAAAUGUGAUAUGUGAAUAAGCAGAAGAUGGAUCGGGACUGUAACCAAUAGGAGACAAACUCGAAGCACUAUUCAUUCAUGAAUAAGAUUACCGAAAGGUAUGACCCGCGAUAGUUGAACUUUGAAUAUUGUUAAUUUACUCGCUGCCGGCGCAGUUCCAUUUGGGAGAUCAUGAAAUUAAUCGGUAACGAUCAUAUUCGACUCACUUAACAAUUUCGUGCCUAUUCAUGUAUUGAAAUGAGAAAAAAAAACUUGCCACAAAAACUUAAUCGGUGCACACACAACGAGGCAAAUCCGAGGUAGUGUUAUGAUUGUAAAUAUUUAAUACCAUAAGCCAUCUAUUGAAAUGCUAGCAAGUUGAAUCAGUUCCUUUUGAUAUGUAGACAGCAAAUCGAAACGAUUUCUUUUGUUUUCAAAAAAGUGACAUGAACUUUUAAAGCUGAAACUGUAGUCGUAAGGUGAUGCUCGCUAGACAUGACAGAAUGUUUGACAAAGUAAGGCCAAUCAAGAAUACCAAAUAUUAGGAUAUAUAUAUACACUGCUUCCAUCAGCAAAGGAAUCAAGGAGGUAGAAGUCAAGAAGUGUAGAAUCAAAUCUACACGAAUCUUGUAAUAAAACAUAAUUGAAUCUCUUGCAACGUUCAGUUGAGGCAGCAAGUCAACUUCAUCUUCCUGAAUUGUGGAUAAGUGGAACAAGGAUGCUCCAGUCCACUUUAUUUAUUGUAUAGUCUACUUUGUUUUGAGAAGAUGAUAAUCAUUGUUUAUUAAUUUUAUAAAUUAGGUAAACUGAGCUCGAAUAGGAAAGGAAUCUUAAAUUAUCAUUCUAUUAUGUUUAAAUGAUAAUUAUUUAAUGUACUAUAAAUAUUGAACAAAUAAUAUUUAUAUAAAUUAA